CGCGCUUGCCCGGCGCCCGGCGCCGCGGUGCAUGCCGGUGCGGCGGCGGGACCAUGGCGAGCGACUUCUACCUGCGCUACUACGUGGGGCACAAGGGCAAGUUCGGCCACGAGUUUCUGGAGUUCGAGUUCCGGCCCGACGGGAAAUUACGCUAUGCCAACAACAGUAACUACAAAAACGAUGUCAUGAUCAGAAAAGAGGCUUAUGUGCAUAAAAGUGUGAUGGAGGAGCUGAAGAGAAUAAUUGAUGACAGUGAAAUUACAAAAGAAGAUGAUGCUUUAUGGCCUCCUCCUGAUAGAGUUGGUCGGCAGGAGCUUGAAAUAGUAAUCGGUGAUGAGCAUAUCUCUUUUACCACAUCAAAAAUCGGUUCACUCAUUGAUGUAAAUCAAUCCAAGGAUCCAGAAGGCUUGAGAGUGUUCUACUACCUGGUUCAGGACCUUAAGUGUCUAGUCUUCAGUCUUAUUGGACUACACUUUAAGAUUAAGCCAAUUUAAAUCACACAAACCGAAAUUUGUAUUGCAGUAUAUCUGGGAAAUGCUGUUUCAAUUUCUUACUAUUUCUGCCCUGUAACUUUUAUGUACGUUAGAUUUUUUUUUACAAGGUUUAAGUGAAUGUGAUAAUAAAGUGGUGCGAUCUGUAUUUUUAAUUUAAAA